AUGGAGCCCGGCGGCGGCGGGGACGCGCUCCCGAGGCUGCGGCGUCCGGGGCGGCGCGGGCCGGAGCCCCGGGACCCGCAGGAGCCGCAGCCGCCGGUGCGGGGCGGCGGGACGGCCGAAGAGUCUACAGCUGUAGAGAAGACGAUAAGGCCUCUUAACAGACUGAAUAUUCAUUCUGCGUUCUGGAUUUUGGCAUCAAUAGCUGUGACAUACUACUUUGAUUUUUUAAAAAAUGUUAAAGAAACUAUGCAAGCAGAUGGCUGGUGGCUUUCCUGUGGCACUUGUUUAUUGGCUGCAUGUUUAUCUGUUGCCUUUUACUGCAUACUGUAUCUUGAGUGGUACUGUGGAAUUCAGGACUAUGAUGAACAGUACCCUGCACUGAUUCCUGUUGCAACAGCUUCCUUUAUAGCAGCAGCAGUUUGUUUCAAUAUUGCCUUGUGGCCUGUCUGGUCAUUUUUCACACCUGUGUUGCUCUUCAUUCAGUUCAUGGGUGUUGUGAUGCUUGUGUCACUCCUGGGAUAAACACUUCAGCUUCAUGCAAAGGAAUCAAGUAACUGUAAUCCUGCAAAGUGUAUGUCACUUUUCUUACAUUCCAGUACAUCUGUUGUUUCUAAUAUUGCCUGUUUUCUCUAACUAAUACAGUAAUUCUUAAUCUACUUGAAUUAUAAAUCAAUGGACAUAACCAUAGGGAAAAGCAACUCAUCAGUGAAUAAUUGGAAGAUAAAUAGGUUUUACAUCUCUUAGUAACAUGAGGCUUUUAAUUUUGUACAUCUUUGUAAAGCUUCUAUUUAUAUUUUAAUACUAAGAACAUGGGUAGUCAGUAAUAGCACCAUAGAAUAGUGUUGAAAGGGACCUUUAAAUAUUAU